CGAUAGCUCGAACGGAAGACAAAUCAACGAAAUCAAACGAACGGGUCAAAUUGAGUCAAAAUGCGAAAUCGACCAAUCAAUCCGGCGUGGAGGUUAAUCUGCCGGCGAUAUCAACUCGGGGCAGCGGCUGGAUGCGGCGACGGUGACGGACGCCGGCGACAGUGGCGGAACGGCAACUCGACGGCGAUCAGCAGCGACUGGCGGCGCUGCAAUUCGUCGGCGAGGAAGGACGCCGGCAGUGGAGGCGACGUCCGGCGCUCGGCGUGGCGGCGCUGCAAUUCGUCGGCGAUGAGGGCGGCGGCUACUGGCGAAGGAAGCAGCGGCGGCGAAUGGCUGGGGAAGGGCGACCGGCGGCGCUGCAACUCGACGGCGGCGGACGACCGACGAAGAAAACAGCGGCGGCGAUUGGACUCGACGGCGAUGAUGGUGGUUGCCGGGCUGCCCAUCCACGGUGACGACAUCGCAACCUAUGGUGGCGGCGAUUGGAUCCUCAACAACGAGGCGGUCGUCAUUCGAGAGCUUGGGAUCACCAACCUCAUCCGCCACAGCGGCACACCGACGAUUCACUCGGCCCCACCGGACAAGCGCCUCCUCCUCUACAUCAUCACCCGGAUUCUCCGCCCCCGGGACAGCAGCCAUACCUCGCUCUUCAACGAGGAGUUGAAGGCGAUUCAUGCCAUCAUCCACGGCGCCUCCAUCAAUUGGGCGAAAUUCGUGAUGAUCCACAUGGCGGAUUGCGCCUCCAUCGCCACUGAGCGAAGCUUGCCAUACGCCUUCCUCGUCAUGGACCUCAUCAUCUCCGCCGACAUCUCCAUCGCCGGCCCGGAUACGAAGAUGACAAAGAUUUGGAUAAUUCAAGACAGCACCUUCCGGAAGAAGUCCGGAGACCGGGACGGCACAGGCCCAAGUCGUGCACCAGCCCCCGCUCCCGCCAAGGCCUCUUUGCAAUCCAUAGCCGAUACUCUGAAUCGGCUAACCCUCACAAGGGAUGGCAUGGGGCAGUUAAUCGAGCGGAUGGACUGGACGCUACAACGCCAACAUCACGACAUGACGGCGUUCUUCCGCGGCAUCAACUACGUCCCGCCGCCCUUUUACAGCACUUUCCUCGGCCAAAACUAUGAAGGCGAGGACGAGGAGGAUAACUCCUAUGCUCCAUCCUCCUCCCCCGACGAGGCCGACUUUGAAGAUGCGGUCGACGGCGAUCCCAUGGACGUCGAGGACGACGAGGACGCCGAUGCUUAGACUUCUCUUUUCUCUUCUUCCUAUGAUUGUAUUUCUUAAUUUUUUCCGUUGUAUUCCGCAUUUCCCUUUUUCAUGAAUAAAAGUUUACUUUUACAAUUCUAAAGUUUACUUUUAAUUCUUUUUGUUAAUGUCAAAAGGGGGAAGAUAUUAAGGUUAUGCAUAAAUUAAGGGGGAAUUU